CUCUGUGACUUUGUACUGACCACUUUCUCCAAAACUCCCACCAUGACGAAGUUCUGUAUGUUUGUUUUAGCGGCGUGCCUGGCUUACGUAAACGCCCAGAUUCCAAAGCCGUGUGCUGCUCCAAAGGAAUGGGAAGCACGGAUAGCAGAGUACGACCCAGCAAAAAAAUUUGACCGCCAUGGAAAAGUGUCGUACGAUUAUGCUAAUCUUCGCGUGAGGCUUAUUGAAGACGAGACCGUUGAAGGCAAGGAGCAAUUUGAAGAUGUCCUUUACCUUCAUGAUGCAGGUGUUGAAUACAGGCUUGACAUAAAGACCAGAAAAUGUGAAAGGAGGCCCAUUUCGCGGCCAUUCCCCGCGCUGCAUGUGCCAAGCAAUGCUACAUGGUAUGGCGAGUACUACAUCGGAACGUCUUCCAAUCACGGAGCUGGUGUCCUCGUGGAUGUCUGGGGUGGUCACUUCGAAGAUGGAAGCAGGGCGAAUGGAGAAUGGACCCAGAGGGACUGCCUACCAAUCUCCUUCACAAGUUACAAACCUAAUGAAGGAUAUUUCAUCUGGAAGCACUACGACUACACCCUCGGAAUCUCAGAUCCCAUGGUGUUCAUCCCUCCAAAGGAAUGUCUGUCGCUGUGAUCACAUCAAGGGUGGAAUAUAGAAAAUGGAAAAUGCCAACUGGUGAUGCUAUUUAUAGGAUAGAAAUACAUUUGUCUGGUGUCUUCGAAACUGCUCAUAUUUGUGGCUGAGCUUUUUAAAAAGCUCACGAGUCAUUGAAAGUUCGUUGUCGAUACAGCUCCCAACAGUACAAAGUGUUUUUCAUAUCGAUCUGGCCAAAGUUUGAAUGUACUCAGUUGAACUCAGGAAUGUGAUCAGAUCACAUUUCCCAAAGGAAAGCGAUUUUGCAGAACACUAGAUUUUCCUAAGGGUAGGCCGAACCAAUGCUCUUUCACGGCGUUAACAAAAGCCGGUCAAAUAUAUGCAUGUCACCGGCUGCCCAGGGCUGCGUAACAUAACUUUUUGUGAUCACACUAUUACAGUCAAGUGACAAGCAGCUAAAUACCUAGCAAGACCAGAUCUAUCUGAAAAACACCUUGAAAUAGAUAUGCCACCCGAUUAUGCACGAAGAACAUUUCAUAAUCUACCAGAUUAGAAUACUAUCACUCGUUUAUCGUCCUGUUAUUAUAUCAAACCUAUUGAAGAACAUGAUACGUCUACCGAUCAGUCAAUGUCAGUGCAACCAAGGAGAAAGCAUUCUUCUCCUUGGUGGAGCUGAGGGCCUUGGCACCUCUCGCUUGAAACACAGGUUAUAACUUCAAACAAACCACUAUUACUACAUACAAUACUCACAUAUACUGUAAUUUCUUUCCUCAGAUUAACAGUCCGGAAUAAGCCCGCCAAGAAUAUUUUUAACCAGUAAUGCCCAAUGAUCGUUAUUUCCAUUGAGUACGCCCGUCUUUGAUAUCACAUGGUGUGGUUUGGAGUCGGGUCAGUUCUGAAUGUGUUUCAAACGUAAUUAUGAUGUCAUCCCAUAGGCUUUGAGUUAUGAGUGGAAAUGAGCACGGAAAUUGAUGAUGUAUAUGGGGUAUGUGUGACCCCUCCUACAUACAUGAAUAGAUAAUAAUCCUGAUGUACGAACUGUUAAUUUCAGGAAAGAAAGAACAGUAUAUUUGAUGAUAGCAGCAAUGUUAAUGCUUAAUCGUUUAAAGCUACCUUCCAAAAUAUGCUAAUAACAUCAGUAACAAGGUCACAGAGCAUGCUCCGCACAAAACUCUCUCCAUUUUCCACUUACACAGUUGAACUAACAAUGAGUGGGCCCAUACGUGAGACAAAACGUUACCAGAUUGUGACUCGUGGCUGGGAAUGAUAGGACCCCGACCCAUGAUCACUGCCAAAUUUUAUAUGCGAGACAAAAAGUUCCCAGAUUGUGUCUCGUGGCUGUGAAUGAUAGGACCCCGACCCAUGAUCACUGCCAAACUUCAUACGUAAGACAAAAAGUUACCAGAUUGUGACUCGUGGCUGGGAAUGAUAGGACCCCGACCCCUGAUCAUUGCCAAAAUUCAUACUUGAGACAAAAAUUUACCAGACUGUGACUGGCAGCUGGGAAUGAGAGGACCAAACCGCCCCAACCCCUCAUACUCCUGGCACAUAGAGGAAAAAGGUCUCUCAUUGUGACAUGUUGUUGGAAAUGUUACCGCCUGUAGCCGCCCAUCCUCACUGCUAAAAUGAAA